UGUUCAUGUUGGAUCCGGUAAAUUUGGCUGAUUUGUGAGAGCCGGCAGCUGUGAAUGAGUAGCAGGUUAUAGGCGAGGCGGAUGUGUGUUGAAUCUCCGCCACACCGUUUGCGGUAUGAAUGUUAAAACCGGAGGUUUUCCGCGGGCACCGAAGGGAAAUCUGCUCUGGUCGCGGGGAGUUUGGCAGCUGCGCUUCAGUGAUGGCGAGAGGCUUAAGCGGCUGCUGCGGACUCCCCGGGUCACUUAGCCUCGCUCUCUUCUCCGUCCUGCUCGCCUGCGCUCUCUGUCACAACUGUAACCACAAAGUGCCCUUGCCGACAGAGGUGAUACAUGAUGUAUAUCUGAAACCUGGGAGACUGACUAAAAGAAGCACUGAGCAGCAGUUAAAGAUUCAGAUAUUUUAUGACUCCAGUUUGGAUGUGCUCGAUGAGGACAAAAGCAGCCUUGUGAAGGACAAACUCUUCCCACAAGCCGUCGAUUAUCUUCAGAGGGCCUUCAGAGUGCGCAGACAGACAGGCCCUGUGUUACUAAGCAGACAAUGCUCAACAAAUCAGUAUCUGAGAAAACAAGAUGACCCUCAUCGCUUUUGCCAAGGAACCUGCGCGAAUAUCACGAGAUGUGGACCAGUGAUUGUGCCUGAGGAACAUCUGCAGCAAUGCAGAGCGUGCAGCGAGACGGGGAAGUCAUGUGGUCCAAUGGGACCCCCAGACGGUGAGGGGGUUGACAGGGCGGAUUUUGUGUUGUAUGUGAGUGGGGUGACCACCGAGCGCUGUGGGCAAGAGAACAUUGUGGCCUAUGCAGCAUACUGCCAGCUGGAAGCAGAACUAGACAGGCCUAUUGCUGGAUAUGCCAAUUUAUGUCCAAAUAUGAUUUCAACCCAACCUCAGGAGUUUGAAGGCAUGCUGUCCACUGUUAAACAUGAGAUCAUACAUGCUUUGGGUUUUUCAGCUGGACUGUUUGCCUUUUACCGUGAUGAUGAUGGGAAACCACUGACGCCACGACCAGCAUAUGGCUUACCAGCAUUCAAUGAAAGUUUGGGCCUCUAUCAGUGGAGUGACAAAGUUAUAAGGAGAGCGACCCGAUUGUGGGAUAUCCGUGGUGGUCACAUGGUGCGACAUGAGGUCCAUCUUAUGGUCACCCCACGCGUUGUAGAGGAAGCACGGCGACAUUUCAGAUGCCCUAUUCUAGAGGGCAUGGAGCUGGAAAACCAAGGAGGCAUGGGCACAGAGCUGAAUCAUUGGGAAAAACGCUUAUUAGAGAAUGAAGCUAUGACUGGAUCUCACACACAGAACAGAGUGUUCUCCAGGAUCACACUGGCUUUAAUGGAAGAUACUGGGUGGUACAGAGCCAACUACAGCAUGGCAGAGAAUCUGGAAUGGGGCAAAGGUUUGGGUUGUGACUUUGUGAUGAAAAGCUGCAAAUUCUGGAUCGACCAGCAGCGCCAUACGAGACCCACACUGACGCCAUACUGUGACUCUGUGCGUGGCACUCCGCUGCAGCUUUCCUGCAGGCAGGACCAGCUGGCAGUGGCAGUCUGCAACCUGCAGAAAUAUCCUCAGCCUCUUGCACGGGAGUAUCAGUACUUUGACAAAAUCUCUGGUGUGCCUGAAGGAGAUUUGUCCUUGUACGGAGGUGCAGUGGAGAUCGCAGACUUCUGCCCUUUCAGUCAGGAGUUCAGCUGGCACCUGAGUGGAGAGUACCAGCGCAGCUCCUACUGCAGAAUACAGGAAAACCAGCCAGACUCAUGGAGGAACUAUGCUGCUGAAGAGUACGGCCCAAACUCUGUUUGUCUGUACCAAAAAUCAGCCUUCAUUAUGGAGCAGUGCAAUAAACGCAUGACCUACCCAGACUGGGGAAGUGGCUGCUAUAAGACGUCCUGCUCAGCACAGGGUUUGCUGGUGUGGGUUAGGGAUCAAAGUUUCUUGUGUGUGAAUGCCGGGCAGCUGCUCAGUGUGAAUGUGAGGAUAAAUGAGUGGGUGUACAGUGGCCAGCUGCUCUGCCCCGCCUGCUCACAUUUCUGUAGCCACUGCCCCCUCCCUCACGAGCUCCCACCAAUCAACACUACUCGCAGUGUCCGCAUAGACCCGUGCUCCAGCUCUUCUGGCUUGGUGGUGACGUUAUGGCGGCUCCUGUUUAACCUCGUCCCAUUGCUGGCAGGCUUCAUCCUCUGUGUGAGAAACUGAAAGUGGUCACGUGAAUGAUGUCAGCGAGGGGAGGACAUGGGCAUUUCACUGCCACAGGCUUCCCUUUGAGAUUCUUACAUUAGCAGGGAAAGCAGUGUUCAGUAUAGUAGACAAGACUGAUGCACAAGCUUCCCCUUAGACAUGAAGGCCUUUGUGAAAGAAGUUGUUGACGGAUGGAAAAAGCCAUUGACUGCACUCCGCUCUGUGUAGAUAUCAAGUGCCAGUCAGCUGUAGUUGAGACAAGAAGCCAUAGCCGUGCAAGAUGCGUGCAGCAGGUGACCUUGAAAUGCUGGUGCUAAUUUCUGUUGUGUUUCUAUCUCCGGUGGACACGUAGCGUUUUUUCUAGCAUUCCUAAAAGGUUUUUUUUUUUUCCUCUUCUCCUAAAGCGGUAAUGCUUGUUUCACACAUAGUACUUCUGGUUGGCGUGAGCGGCAUGGAACGUCUUGCUUUUCAUUUUGUCGCUCAUGCUAACAGGUCAGAGGUUUCACGCAAGCCCUAAAAAUCUAUUUGAUACAUGUCAUAUUUCUCAUGUUAAGAUUGUUGUAAGCUCAUUAUAAGAUUAAUUCAAUUUAGAUAUUUUACUAGUUUUAAGUAAUUUUAUUAAGUAAGAUUGCAUCACUAUAUCAGCAGAUAAUUUUGCUUGUUUUACAAAAAUACUUAUAAUAAGCAAGUAAAAUUAUUUGCCAGUAUAGUGAAAUAAUAUUAGACAUAUCGAGUACAUUUAAGAUUUCACUUUCCAUUUUUUUCCACAUGUUGCCGUGCCGCUCAUGUUAUGCAGAGGUAGUAUGUGUGAGACAGAGAACAGUGCUUUAAUAGUUGUAGCUCCGUGAAUGUGGCGUAUGAUAUGUGUGUGAAGUUGCUCAGACAAAUCUGGGAGAACCUCUUAAAGGAGGUGGUUUAGUGGUGGUGUUUGAUGGGUGAAAAAUUGAAUGUUGCUGUUUUGUUUAUAAUCAGCAUGUACUGUAUGAAAUUGUAUUUAAAUUAAUAUUAUUAACUGCUUUAUUUUGAAAAGCGGAUGCUAAAAUAACCCAUAGGCUCACUUAUCAUUCGCUCAAAUAUCUUCACAAUGAAAUUUUAUUUACUGAUAUUUUCAGUAACAAUAAAUUGCAUUAUAAGUGGCUCAAUUAAGUGGCAGAUUAAGGAGAGACAGUCAGACUAAUAUAAUACACUUAACUAAUGUGCUAAUUUAAAAACCCAGAGAUGUGAUACUGUAGUUGUGCGGUUUAAUAAUGUAGUUUUAUCUUCAGUGGCAACCAGGAAAUCAGCCUCCCUUGUGGGUGUAUAUUUCAUCCUUGAACAAAGAUUUGUUUUAUUAUUUUAUUUUGUUAUUUUUUUUUAUAUUUGCCUUGGAUCUGCUGGGAUUUGGCCUUUAGAGUCACUUUCACUGAAAAAGUUUAAUCGUUAUUUCAUCAUGUCAUUCCUUCAAAACAUGGACCAGAUCCAAGCAGAAGGCCAGUGGCCACAGUAUUGCAUUUUUUUUUCUUACUUUUCAUUUAAUGAUUGAUAAUAUUAUCAGAGGC